CUGAGUGAGAGCAGGACAGAGACGCAGACGUGUGCACGCCAGAGCACAGCAACUCCUCAAAGACAGGAGAGGAGAAGAGUUUGCAAGGAAGAAGAAGAUUAAGGGAAAGAAAGAAUCUUCUCUUUUUUUUUUUACAUCAACAAACUGAGCUGGAUAUCAGAGCUACAUCAAGCGAAAUCUAGAAGAGCAAAAGGAUUUGUUUUGCUUCACAGCAAAAGAAAAGAAGGAAAAUAUUAGCAUUUGUGACAGAUUUCUUUCUAUUUAUAUUCAGCACAUAUUUAGAAUUAUUCUAGAGGACUUGUGAGGUGUAGCAGGACUCUUGGUUUUGCAGAGAAGCAGAAAGAGAGAGGAAGGUGGACAGAGAGAAGUAGGGGUUUGCUAAAGAAGAAGAAGAAGAAAAAGAAGAAGAGGAGCAGGCUGCAGUGGUGGUGAACAUGCCUGUUAGAGGUUGCAGUUUUGGGGCGGACAUGGGCACUCGGGUCGGGCAGCCACUCUGGAUGUGGGUGGUGAUGCUCUCUGCCUUGCUCAUAGGCCACGCCAGUGCCUGUCCAGCCCUGUGUGCUUGCAGUGGCACCACAGUUGACUGCCAUGGACUGGGUCUCAAAACCAUGCCAAGGAAUAUCCCCCGCAACACUGAAAGACUGGAGCUGAAUGGGAAUAACCUCACACGCAUCACCAAGAGUGACCUCGCUGGACUCAAGUACCUCCGAGUUCUGCAACUGAUGGAGAAUCAGAUUACUGUGAUAGAGCGCGGGGCCUUUGAUGACAUGAAGGAGCUGGAGAGACUGCGGCUGAACCGUAAUCAACUGCAGCAGCUUCCUGAGUUGCUGUUUCAGAAGAACCCUGCCCUGUCUCGACUAGAUCUGAGUGAGAACUUCAUCCAGUCCAUCCCCAGAAAAGCCUUCAGAGGAGCCACAGACAUCAAAAACCUUCAGCUGGACAAAAACCACAUCGGCUGCAUCGAGGAUGGAGCCUUCAGAGCUCUGAGGGGCCUGGAAGUGCUAACGCUGAACAACAACAACAUCAGCAGCAUCCCAGUCUCCAGCUUCAACCACAUGCCCAAGCUCCGAACCUUCCGUCUCCACUCCAACAAUCUCAACUGUGACUGUCAUCUGGCCUGGUUGGCCCAGUGGCUCAGACAGAGGCCAACAAUUGGUCUAUUCACCCAGUGCACCACCCCUCCUGAGCUCAGAGGACUCAAUGUUGCAGAGGUGCAGAAACACGAAUUCAGCUGCUCAGGUCACCAGGAGUCUUCCAGCCUGCAGCCGUGCAGCACGGGCGGAGGCUCCUGCCCCGCCAUGUGUACCUGCAGCAACAACAUCGUGGACUGUCGAGGGAAAGGUCUCACCGCCAUCCCGGCCAACCUGCCCGACACCAUGGCAGAGAUACGUCUGGAGCAGAAUGGGAUUAAGUCUGUUCCUCCCGGAGCCUUCUCGCCCUACAAGAAACUGCGUAGGAUAGACCUGAGCAACAACCAGAUCUCGGAGAUAGCCCCCGAUGCCUUCCAGGGCCUCCGCUCCCUCAACUCCCUCGUGCUGUAUGGAAAUAAGAUCACCGACCUGCCCAAGGGGGUGUUUGAUGGCCUCUACGCCCUGCAACUGCUGUUGCUGAACGCCAACAAGAUUCACUGCGUUCGUGCCAACGCCUUCCAGGACCUGCAGAAUCUCUCGCUGCUAUCGCUCUACGACAACAAGAUCCAAACCCUCGCCAAGGGCACCUUCACUUCACUGCGCGCAAUACAGACCCUUCACCUGGCCCAGAACCCAUUCAUCUGUGACUGUAACCUGAAGUGGCUGGCAGACUACCUGCGCUCCAACCCCAUUGAGACCAGUGGUGCCCGCUGCGCCAGCCCACGCAGACUCGCAAACAAACGCAUCGGACAGAUCAAGAGCAAGAAGUUCCGCUGCUCCGCCAAAGAGCAGUACUUCAUCCCAGGUACAGAGGACACCCGUGUGAACAAUGCGUGUAACAGUGACCCGGUGUGUCCUGCCAAGUGCCGCUGCGAGUCCAACGUGGUGGACUGCUCCAACCUGAAGCUCACCAAGAUCCCCGAGCACAUCCCUGAAUCCACCACUGAACUCCGCCUCAACAACAAUGACAUCACCACUCUGGAAGCGACAGGAGUUUUUAAGAGCCUUUCCCAGCUGAAGAAAAUUAACCUCAGCAACAACAAAAUCACAGAGAUCGAGGACGGGGCGUUUGAAGGGGCGUCGUCUGUCGUGGAGCUUCACCUCACAGCCAAUCAGAUCGACUCUGUGCGGAGCAGGAUGUUCCGCGGCCUUGAGGGGAUGCGAAUGCUGAUGCUGAGGAACAACAAGAUCAGCUGUGUGCACAACGACAGCUUCACGGGAAUGCACAACGUGCGCCUGCUGUCUCUGUACGACAACCAGCUGACCACGAUCGCCCCCGGAGCCUUCGACACUCUGCAGACCCUCUCCACCCUUAACUUAUUGGCCAACUCGUUCAACUGCGACUGCCGGCUGGCGUGGCUCGGCGACUGGCUGAGGAGCAAGAAGAUUGUGACGGGUAACCCUCGCUGCCAGCGUCCCGCCUUCCUGAAGGAGAUCCCUCUACAGGAUGUGGCUCAGCCUGACUUCCGCUGUGAGGAAGGCCAGGAGGAGUCAAGCUGUGUGCCCAAACCCCAGUGUCCCAGUGAUUGCACUUGCCUGGAGACAGUGGUGCGCUGCAGUAACAAGCACCUCCACACGCUGCCCAAAGGCAUCCCGAGAAACGUGACUGAACUGUAUCUGGAUGGAAACCAGUUCAGUGUGGUGCCAAAGGAACUGUCAGCGUUCAAAUAUCUGCAGCUGGUAGAUCUGAGCAACAACAAGAUCAACUCUCUGACCAACUCUUCCUUCGCCAACAUGAGCCAGCUCACCACUCUAAUCCUGAGCUACAACUCCCUGCGCUGUAUCCCCAAAAUGGCCUUCAGUGGACUGCACUCUCUCCGACUGCUGUCUCUCCAUGGCAACGAAGUCUCAGAGCUUCCUGACGGCAUCUUCAAUGAUGUGGCCUCACUCUCCCACUUGGCGAUCGGUGCCAACCCGCUGCACUGCGACUGCAACCUGCGCUGGUUAUCGGACUGGGUGAAGACAGGCUACAAAGAGCCGGGGAUCGCCCGCUGUGCCGGUCCGCACGGCAUGGAGGGCAAACUGCUGCUCACCACACCGGCAAAGAAGUUUGAAUGUACAGGAGAUGUGGACACUGCUGUGUUGGCCAAGUGUAACCCCUGUCUGUCCAGUCCCUGUCUCAACCAAGGCAUCUGCCACACUGACCUGGUGGAGAUCUACAGGUGCAGCUGUCCUCCAGGGUUCAAGGGCAAGACCUGUGACAAAGCUCUGAACGCCUGUGUGAGUAACCCGUGUUCCAACGGGGGAACCUGCCGCGUGAACGAGGAUGAGGAGGGAGAAUACAGUUGCACGUGUCCCCUGGGCUUCGAGGGCCCCACCUGCCAAACCAACAUUGACGACUGCGAAGACAACGACUGUGAGAACGGAGCGACCUGCAUCGACGGAGGCAACAACUACACCUGCUUUUGUCCCCCAUACUACACAGGGGAGAUGUGUGAAGAAAUGGAAGACGUGUGCGCCCCAGGACGAAGCCCCUGCCAACACCAGUCUACCUGCCUCAUCACCUCCACUGGACCUAAGUGUGUGUGCUCUCCUGGUUAUGUCGGUGAUGACUGCAGCGUAGACUAUAACGACUGUGAGGAGCAUCGCUGUCAGAACGGAGCUCAGUGUGUGGAUGAGCUGAGCGGAUACUCCUGCGUCUGUCCUGAAGGCUACAGCGGCCAGUUGUGUGAGGUUCCCCCGUCCCCCCUGUCCCUGUGCGAGCUGGCCGACUGCCAGAACAGCGCCCCCUGUCUGGAGGUGGGCGGACGGGCCCUGUGCCAGUGUCCCCCAGAGUUUGGGGGCCCACGCUGCGAAAAGCUGGUCAGUGUCAACUUCAUCGACAGAGACUCCUACCUGCUGCUCUCCGACCUCAAGAACUGGCCCCAAGCUAACAUCACCUUACAGGUGUCAACAGCAGAGGAUAAUGGCAUUUUGCUGUACAAUGGAGACAGUGAUCAUAUUGCAGUGGAGCUCUACCAAGGUCAUGUCAAGGUUAGCUAUGACCCCGGCAGCCAGCCAAGCCACGCCAUCUACAGUACUGAGACUAUCAACGAUGGCCAGUUCCACACAGUGGAGCUUGUGACCUACGACCAGAUGGUGAACCUGUCCAUCGACGGGGGUCUCCCUACCACAAUGGACAGCUACGGGGCGGUGCGGCCCCUCUACGGAGAGGCUCCACUAUACGUGGGGGGCAUGCCAUUGGAUGUGAACUCUGGGGCUUUCCGUCUCUGGAAGCUGCAGAAUAGCUCCAGCUUCCACGGCUGCAUCCAGAACCUGUACAUCAACAACGAGCUCCAGGACUUCACCAAGACCCAGAUGAAGCCCGGCGUGGUGCCGGGCUGCGAGCCCUGCAAGAAGAUCUACUGUGUGCAUGGCAUCUGCCAGCCUGAUGGGGUCCAGGGACCGGUGUGCCACUGCCAGCCGGGCUGGAGCGGCCAGCAAUGUGACCAGCCUGCUAGCAACCCCUGCCAAGGCAGCAAGUGCGUCCAUGGACAGUGCAUCCCACUGGACAGUCAGUCUUACCGCUGCGAGUGUUUGGAGGGAUACCGCGGGGCCCUGUGUAACCAACAGGGGGAGCUGUUCAACCCCUGCCGCCGCCUGUCCUGCAAGCAUGGCCGCUGUCAAAUCUCAGAAACAGGGGACGCCUACUGUCACUGUGAAAGUGGCUACACCGGGGAUCUGUGUGAUGCAGAGUCUGAGUGUCGAGGGGAGCCCGUCAGAGACUUCUACCAGGUGCAGCGAGGCUACGCCAUCUGCCAGACAACACGCGUGGUCUCCUGGGUGGAGUGCAGCGGGGUGUGCGACACGGGGACCUGCUGCGCCAGCCAGAGGAUGAAGCGCCGGAAAUACACCUUCGAGUGCAGCGACGGAACCUCCUUUAGCGAGGAGGUGGAAAAGACCAUCAAGUGUGGCUGCGUGGGCUGCAUGUAGCACCGUUCGCUCACGUUUCCUGCCGCUGCUGCAGAGCAGAAGAAAGAUAGAAAGGAAGGAAGGAAGGAAGGAAGAAAGAGAGGACUGGAGGAAAGCGAGGGAAGAAGAGAAAGAGAGAGAUUAUAAAGAAUAUAUAUAAAACCUCUAUCUAUAUAUUAUGGACAACAAUGUUUGUAAAAUAGGACAUUUCCUCCCCUUCCAAGGGUGUGUGACCUACAGUAACACAGAGAAACAUCUUAAGCAACAAUGUAGAAGUGACAACAACGGCAACCAAACCAGUGUAUCUGCGACAUUGUUCCAGGGGGUCCGGAGAUUUCAAAAGGUGUUGCAUUCAGAGCGAGGCAUCCCUCCAUCCCAAUACACCCAGCGUGACUUCCCCACCCAUCUGUGAGGCCUCUGACAGCCCAGUCACCAUCUUCAAUCUUUACUUCGUGGAGGCAGCGAGGACAGCGGCGUCCGGCCUGGCUGAGAAAUGGCGAGAAGCGAGGCAAAGACGGACAAGCAGAGAGAAACCGAGGGAUAAAAAGAGAAGCUGGACCGUUUUGACUUGGCAAAGCUAUCUUGAGUUGAGCUUGGCUAGGGUACCUGGACUGGGCUGGAUGUGGUUUCGGGGCGUUGAGUUGAAGUUGUUGUUGGUUCGGUGUAGCAAUUUUUCUGCCAGGAUCCAGUCAUCCAUCCACACACAUGCACAUGUAGAGGCGGACAAAGAAACGCUAAAGAGUUGAGAGCGGCACAUAAUCCAGUGCGGAUGUCGUGGCUUCGACGCCACGUGGUCUGGGGUCACAGUCGUUUCCUGUGAGGUACCGUUACAUAGAAACAAAAAAAAAAUAGAGACUGCACUGACUAGCAGCACUGAAAACUACAGUCCUACACCUCUCUGAAGUACAUGAUCACACAUGCAUGGCAUAAAUAAAUUUAUACACAGUCUUACCAUUUGUUAAAGUGAGAGGGGCUCGUGUGGCUCAACAAUCAAUCCUGUUCCGUACGGCGAACCAGUCUGGCGCUAGCGAUUGUCGGUCACCCAGCAUGCAUUGCCUCAGGGCUAGGAUGAUUCGCCCCUUCACAGCAGGGGCCCAUUCAGCCCUGCUCUUCUUGAUGCUUGCAGUAUUAAACUUGUGCAAAGCUGUUGCAUGUGUGGAGAGAGUUUGCCGACUAAUAUGUAGAGCUUCUUAAUAUCACUAUAAAUGUUACUACGAAAACAAACGGUUGCAGAAUCAACUUCUGUAUUUUGUGUAUGUCUAAUUUCUCAUAAUGAUUUGUUUUUAUUUUGUUAUAUUUUGUUAUAUUUUGUCUCAUGAUGCAACCUAACUCCUUUAGUUUACCCUCCACCCCAAAAUCCCUCCCCGACAACCCUUUAUAUAGAAAUGCCUAACAGAUUCUAAUAUAUAUAUAUUUGUAUUUCAUUUUGGUAUAGUAUUUUUCUAUGUUAAAGAGUAAGUCUGUCUCUGGAAGCUUUGGGGGCCAGUGGAAAGACGUUCACUCGGUUCCCUCUGUGUUUUUGUUUGUUGAUCUCACUUGCUCAAACAAGUUAAUUAAUUACAUUAAUUGGCCAAGAGUAGAGCAGAAGGUUGACCUUGUUGUAUAGGAGGCAGUAUUGGUCUAGAAAUAUGUUUAAUAUUGUAUAUGUUGUCUUCCAUGUGAAUAUUACAUCUAAUUCAUGAGAUUCUGUGCUUGUUUUUAUUUAUUUUAUCUAAAGGGCGUUUUUCUUUUUUUUUUUUCCAAAGGCAUAAAUGUUGCCGACUUACAAAAUAUUUUCUAAAAUUUCAAAAAAGAUGAAAAAAGGUAAAAUGACAAAUAAAUAAAAAAUAGCAUAACAAAACUGUAAGGUAUCGGUAACAUCGCGUAGCGGCGAGUUACGACAGUUCUCUCCUCGCCGGCUCAGACCUUCUUCAUUUGCUGCAGGAGCUGGGAUCACGAGACGUCCCCCCCUCGAAUUCACCUUGUAAUUACCAUACCACACUUACAGGCUUCUGAUUGUUUUCAUGCUCAUUCCGUCGAUGUGCUGGCUUGUAUUUCUAUCACUUUCAUUUGAGCGAUGUUCGCCACAGAGAGAGGGCCUUGUUUUUCCUGUUUUUAAGUAGUCAAGCUCAACUGAUCAUAAGCUGCUGUCAAGCCAGAAGAAAUAGGAUGAAGUUUCCUCUGAGGACAUUGGUCAUGUUACACUUCAAUCAUCCUAUAUCUGUUGGAAGAGGCGACCAGGUGAAGCGCUACCCGCCUACAGCUGACAGAUAAUAAACGAGAAAGAUCUGGACAUUUCAGUGUCUGUCAGUUCUUCCUGGCUGUCCACAUGAAAAAAAAAAAGAAUAAAUGGUGCCAAUUACAGUACACAACAGUCAUACCUGAAUGUAUAAAUGUGUAUAGAUAAAUAUGACCUAUGCUUACUCAUGAAGUGGUAACUUUUAGCUGUUAUUUAGUUUCCAAUGUAAGAUAUAGAAAUCACAUACUGUUGAAGAAGUGACAGUCCAUCAGGAUGGCUCGAGGCAUCGCAGACUGUGUUGAUCUGAAGGUUUCAGGUCUCUUUAUAGUGUGAGAGGCUGCAGACUCCGGUCUCAGCUCGGCGCGGCACCACGCCACAGAGCUCCGACUCAUGUUGCUACCCAUGUUGACUUUGUUUUCCAUGCUGUUGAUGUGAUCCCAGUGGUGUACAAUAACAUUAAAAAGUAGAUCUCAUAAAGGAUACUGAUGAACAGUCACUGUAGCUCUUAAGCUAUGUGCCUCCUAAAGGUGCACGUUUGGUCCAGUGUGGCUUUCGUUUCAUGUCUCCUUUCCUUCCACUGCACUGACCUGUAACUGGACCGGUGCGUUCAACUUCCUGCUAGACAUCUUAGUGGUGCUUGUGCUAUAUUGAGAUGUAAUUCAAGUCGUCCGGUCACAUGACCGGAAACACCGAUUAUUUCCAUCAUAUGAACUAUAUACAUAAAUAUGUUAUUGUAAACAACACGAUGUCUCUGUUGUAUUGAACCAGUGCAAAAACUUAAAUAUCCCUGGUCGGGCUCUGUCUGUUUGCUUUUUGUUUUUGUUUUGUUACAGGAUUGAUGGUGGGAUUGAACAGAAAAACUCCCAAAUAAUACUGAAUGUAUGUAGUGCCACCGACAAAAUGUUUACCAAACCUCCACUCUUUUCAUUAAUUAAACUUAAAUGUGUGUGCUUUUAAGAA